UUAUUUUGUAUUUUUUAUUUCUUAUUUGUGUUCAUCGAUUUAAAGAAAAGUGCUUUGUUUUUCAAUGUUUUUGAGCAAACACUUUACCAUAACAUACAACUUAUGAAAAUGAGGCACUGAGGGUGAAACAUGAUGAUACUGUGUAGACCACUGGCAGAGUGAGGAAGUUAAGAAAUGAGAUGACCUCAUCUCUCAAAGUGUUUGCAGGGAAGUCAAAAUCAUGCUGAAGAGUGAAGCCUUUGUUUGAGUGUGAAAUAGAUACUGCUUAAGCCAAACGUGAUCAGGGACGCACCAUGGCCUGCGCCACUGUUGACAUGGACAUCCAUGGAGCUGAUGAGGAGCCACACAGAGCCGACUGCAGAGAGACACAGAGGAUACGACAUUACCGAGCCACAGAGAUCUUGGCAGACGAAAAAGGGCCGCUGCAUGACCUGCUGCAGAAACAACCUGCCGUGUUGGGUUCUCUGCAGGUGGUGAGCGGUUUCCUCAGUGUUGCCGUGGGAAUUAUUUUUGCUGUAACCCAGGAGAUGACAGAAUCCCUGUUCACUUUGUUCAGAGUUUCCCACAUGACUGGAGCACUCUUCAUCAUUGCUGGAGUUGUUUCCAACUUAAUGUUCAAAUAUCCAGCAUUACUACCUGUGUCCUUCAUGGUGAACUGUGGCUGUAUGACUGUAGCUAUAGUUGCAGUUUGUCUGAUAAGCGUUGACCUGGCUCACUGGAGUCCAGAAAAUGAUCAGCAUUUGAGGGUGGAGCUGCUAGAACUUUGUGUGUUGGGACUCGAGAUUGUUCUCUCUGCGAUCCUCUGCUUCUGGUUCUCUAAAGAGAAAUAUUCCAAAUCACCAUGAUUAGACUGUUGACAUUAAGUGAGAAGAAUUUAAUACGAUAAGUGAACUGUCUGAGGACCAGGACACUGCAUAUCAAUGUCUAGAAGAAGUGUCUGUUUUGUUGUAUGUCCUUUUUUGCACAUCAAAUGUAAAUGUGGUCUGGGUUUGAUGUUUGACUUGCGCUAUGAAUGUAAGGCUUGUGGUAAGCAAAUGUGAGCUUCUCUCAUACAAAAAAAACCCACUUCUUCAUUCUCUGCAUCUCUGUGUUUAACGGUAGCAGCGAGUCACAUUGUGCUGCUCAGUCUGCCAGUCCGCAAUGGUCUCUGUGUGUGGUUUUACACCCGUCUUGGUUAUCAGUGGAAAUAUCAGCAGCUUAUUUUGCACAUAUACACUCAACUGGCUUCACACGCAGAAAGUUUCACUGAACUGAGAAGAAUUCCUAAUUUGGUGGGUCGGAUUUUGUUUGCAGAGUGUAGUCAUUAGCCUCUGGUGAAAAUACUUGACCUCCUGUGAGACUGUCAGACUUCACUUCAGUGGCAAAGAAAUGAAAACAUGUAUUAGACAUUUUAAUCAUCUGUACAAAUGAACUGGCAACAAAAGGAAAUAUGACAGUACAACAUCAUUUGGA